CCUGGUUUAUCCCCUUCCUUCUUCUCUUGGCGGCAAGUCAGAGUAUUGUUCGCAACGUGCAACGGAAAAGUUGGAUGCAGAAUUAGUUGUACUUUUGUUUCUUCUGGAGACUGCUGGAGACUUUCGAUAACGAUGGAAGACAACUGUGUUGUCAGCGAUAAUGUAAGUGUUAAUGUUACAUGCAACGGUAAUCCAAGUUCCGCCAUAGAAGACACAUUAAUUGCCGAUAAUGUUACAUUCAAUAACGCUCCAUUGCAAGAACAAAAUGAAGAACCAAAUAGAAAAAGAAGUCGCAAUAAGGCUGAACUUGAAAGCAAAUUGCUCGCCGAGGAGGAAUAUAAUCGCCAACACGAUGAAAAAAUAUACAAGCAAUUGAUGCAUUUGUUAAAUAAGAGCCAAUUUUAUUCGAAUUAUUUAGUAGAUAAAGUUCAGAAAUCCAUGAAGAAAGCGAAAACCACUAAAGAGAAAAGUACAGCAAGUUUCGUUAACGAUGAAAAUAUACCACCACCACCACCAACAAAGAGGAGACUAAGGAGGGCUAAUAUAAACAGAUACAAUAUACAAAAAUACAUGCCUACAGACAUUAAAGAGCAAAUACAAAAUAGAGACAAAAACAAUCUGAGUGCGGAAGAGAGAGAAGCAGCAUUGUCUGCAGAUUCAGACAACGAAACGAAAACAACAACAUCAACCAGCGACGUGGCCGUUACACCAAAAUAUUUUCAUGGCGCUCUGCGCGAUUAUCAGCUAACGGGUUUGCAGUGGUUGAAAGUGCUUUAUGAAAAUGGCUUGAAUGGAAUUUUAGCUGAUGAAAUGGGGCUUGGGAAAACGAUACAGGUCAUAGCUUUAUUCUGCCAUCUCAUAGAGAAAGAACAAGCUGGACCUUACUUAAUAAUCGCGCCUCUUUCAACUUUACCGAAUUGGCUGAUGGAAUUUGAAAGAUUCGCUCCCGACAUACCAGUUGUGACAUUCUACGGCAGCGAAUUCGAAAGGCAGUGCUUACGUACAAAAAUCAAAGAUAAAUAUCCGAUUGCUGAUGCCGAUGGUUACACGACCCAACCCGUUGUAAUUACAACCUACGAAAUACCAUUGCGGGAAACUAAAUUCCUUCAGUCUCAGAAAUGGAGAUACAUUGUAGUAGACGAAGGGCAAAGAAUAAAAAAUCCUGACUGCAUACUGGUCAAGUAUGUCAUUGCUUAUUGCAUUAUUAAUAUUCUGAAAACGGUACAGUCCAUGAACAGACUGAUAUUAACUGGGACUCCACUCCAGAACAAUUUAGCCGAGCUGUGGUCUCUUCUGAAUUUUUUACUGCCAGAAAUCUUUGACGAUCUGGCCGUUUUCGAGUCGUGGUUCAAUAUUUCAGAACUGCAGAAAGAAGGCACUGGAAAAUUGCUGAAGCAGGAGGAGGACAAGCAGGUAUUAAUGAUAAUGCGCGAUAUCUUGAAACCGUUCAUGUUGAGGCGGGAGAAAACCGAGGUUUGCCUCGAGAUUCCUUCUAAGAAGGAGGUGAUUGUUUACGCACCGCUCACGGAACUACAAUACGAUCUCUAUAAGGCUGUAUUAACUCAUAACAUCGAAAUAUUGAGCAAAAUUAAAACAGAGUCGAUCAUACCAACUAUUGAUGGUAAAAUGCCAAAAAGACGAUGCUUUCUAAGAAGCCCUUAUGGAUCAGCUGGGAACAGUUCUCAGGAUAAUACAUUGUCGUUGUCAUCGGAUGCUUCGUUAGAGGAGAAAGAGAUCGGUAAUAUUAGUAACAUCGCUGGUUGGGAAACUAUGAAGCUUAAAGAUAAAAAAAAUUUGUUAAUGUGGAAACAGUAUACCGAUGUUACGGAACGUAAUAAAGAUUUUUUAAUCAACAUCCACGGGUCUUACAGAUACCCGUUGUACAGGAAGAUCGUAAAUCAUCCAUAUUUAGUUCAUUGCCCGUUGGACGAUGUUGGUUUACCAAAAAUCGAUGAAGAGUUGAUCAGAUCUUCCGGUAAACUUUUAGUGCUGGAUGCCAUGUUGGCGAAGCUCAAAGCGCAGGGCCACAAGGUUCUGUUAUUUUCGACAAUGACCAUGAUCCUGGACAUGAUCGAAAAUUAUCUCUCGUUACGGGACUACUAUUACGUGCGAUUAGACGGCAUGACUAAAAUCGACAUGAGAAAGGAAAAUAUUCAGACCUUUAAUAACGAUUCGGAUGUGUUCCUGUUCCUGAUAUCUACCAGAGCCGGUGGCAUUGGACUAAAUUUAGCGAGUGCCGAUACCGUUAUUAUAUACGACAGUGAUUGGAAUCCACAAGUAGACAUACAAGCUAUGGCGCGAUGUCAUAGAAUAGGACAAACGAGACCGGUGGUUGUUUACAGGCUGUGCACUAAAGGAACGAUUGACGAGAUAAUCAUUAACCGUGCCGACACCAAGCGAUUUUUGGAAAAAGCUAUUAUAUCAAAAGAAUGGACGUGGAAUGGUCUUGACAAAAAAGAGUCCUUGUUGAAACUGAUGGAGCUAAUUAAUUCCAAAGAAUACGAGGUUGUUAAAUCUAAGAAAGAAGUCUUUACAGAGGCAGAGUUAAACAAACUCUUAGAUAGAAGCGAUAUGAUAUGAAUCUGAUGACACCAAGUAGUUUAGUUUAAAGUAAUAUUUAUUUUGUGGUUAUCGUCGAAAAGUAUGUGUAAAGAUAUAACUUUUUUUAUAAUUAUGAAUAGGUGAUAAAAAUAAGUGGCUGUUUUUGUAUUUUUAUAUAAAUAAUUUAUUCAAUUGUCUAAGAAAAUAUAUUUAAAUUAAUUAAUUAAGGCCCUUACUCUAUGUUUUACACAUUUAUUGUAUAAUGCGCAAAAGUUGUGGCAGUAGAUAUCUCUUUUUCCUUCUUUACAUAAAAUUACAAAACAA